AUGACCCUGCGGCGGCUGCAGCCCAAGGAGGAGGAUGCGGCGGGGGCAGCUGCUCUGGAUCCGGGACCCGCGGGGGGCGGCCCCUUCCUGGCGCUGGGCGGCUGCCGGGCGGCCGAGAUGUAUCGGGCGCUGGCGGCCUCCGGAGGCACCUUGCCCCGGGCACGCAAGGGCUCUGGAUGCCGAUGGAAAUCUCUGAGCCAGUCCCCGGAGCAGCACCGGAAGGUGAUCACGCUGGAGAAGGAGGCAGAGGAGACAUUUGGGUUUGAGAUCCAGACCUAUGGACUCCACCACCAAGACAAGAAGAGUGUGGAAAUGUUCACCUUUGUCUGCCGUGUCCACGAGGGGAGCCCAGCCCAGUUAGCCGGGCUCACACCCGGAGACACCAUCACAGCAGUAAACGGGCUGAACGUGGAGGGCAUCCGACACCGCGAGAUCGUGGAAAUCAUCAAGGCCUCUGGCAACGUGCUCAGGCUGGAGAUGCUGUAUGGGACGUCCAUCCGGAGAGCAGAGCUGGAGGCACGGCUGCAGUACCUAAAGCAAACCCUGUAUGAGAAGUGGGGGGAGUACCGCUCGCUGAUGGUCCAGGAGCAGAGGCUGGUGCGUGGGAUUGUGGUGAAAGACCCCAGUAUCUACGACACGCUGGAAUCUGUCCGCUCCUGCCUGUACAGCGCUGGGCUCGCAAGCGGCUCCCUCGCCUUCGGGAAGAUGCUGUCAGGUGCGGGCAGUACCUCCAGCUGCGUCAGCACCGCCACUGAAGAGAGCGAGGACUCUGUCUACCAGACCUGCUUCUUUGACUCCGCCGAUUCCCUGGACGGGCACUCAGGGCGGGACGGGGGCAGCGCCCCCCCAGUCCUCUCCCAGCGCCGGCCCACCCUGACCCGCAGUGCCAGCGUCAAAUGCACCAGCAGCAGCAAUGGGGCCGUGGGGCACUUCUGGGACAGGCCAGGUGACCAAAAGAACUGCACAAUCACGCCCCACAAGAGCAAACACACCAGCUUCCGGAAACGGCUCCUCAGGUUCAUCCCGGGACUGAACCGCUCUCUGGAAGAGGAGGAGAGCCACCUGUAGGGGGUGCUGGCUGCAGGGGUGGAGCACAGGGGACAAGGGGGGCCAUGGAGCAGCCAAGUUUUACGCAGUUUGGUUUAUUUAUAUAUUUAUUAUCUCGGUUGGUGCCAAUGCACUGGCAGAGCAUGGUGCUGGGGCCUGGGUUUCAGAGCUGGGGGGCGCCUCUGCUGUGAAGGGCACAGGGGAUUUUUGCUCCCCCCACAGAAGGAGAAACAUGUAAGGGAAUGGGGGGGAGGGCAGCAGGAGCUGGAUCUAGCCCCAGCGGCAGCCUGGGUGCCUGCUUGUGGGAACUGCUGGAGGAGGGAACUGGGCCUGUCUGCACAGUUAGGGGGCAUUUUCAGGUGUCCUGGGGGAAUGGGCCAUGGGGGGCCCUUUGCUUCCAGACCUCAUGUGACCAAACCCCUCCAAUAGCUCUGGGGGCACAUGAGCUGAUGAGUCAGAGCUUGUCUGGGGCAGCAUCAAACGGGCUCUGCCCUCAGGCCAGUACCAUCAGCAGGGAGGCCACAGGAGGAGAGAGAAACUACUCCUUCCUCGAGCAGGAGGCAUGGGAGAGGCUGGCCAUGCCCCUGCCUGUGUCUCCCGGGGGCCAGGUUGCAGUGGAAGUGCAGGACUGUCUCGGAAAGAGAGGGAUCCUGGUGCUACCCCAGAGUGCUCUGAACGGAGCAGUAGCCAGCAGGAUCUCCGAGCGGGCGCCCUCUUCCCCAAUGCAGCACGGAGCAUCCUGGCCCAGAGAGGUGUGGGGUCCCCUGCCUGCUUUCCCCUGGAAGGCGUCCAGCAGCCAGUGGCUCUGCUCUGUUCCAGCCACAUCCUCCUCCCGUCUCUGCAGCGCUGGGGCUCUGCGUGACUUUCUGCGAAGUCUGGUGCUUCUGUGUCAGCCCUAUUUAUGGCACUGGCUCUCAGCACACAGGUGACUGAACCUGGGGGUGUCUGUCUCUCCACCACACCACUCCGCCCGGUGACGCAUUGACUGGAGUGAGAAGAUCCCUUUGUAACCGCCUGACGCCAGCAGAACUGCUCAGCCCACUGGUGUGCACGGGCUGUCACGUGGCCGGGAGAGACCGCUCGGGCUGCUGAGCACCCUGCAGGAUCACACCCAUGGGGUGGCUGCCGCAGGCAAGCUAGCAUCGUACUGGGGUGUGUCCACUCUCUGGAAGGAGGAGUCGGCACUCAGGGACAGCCCUGGCCUGAGAGCGGGAUGGGGCUGUACUGGGUGACCUGCAGCCCUUAAGGAAAAGGCUUUACAGCUCCAUCUUCACUGGCUGCGGGAGGGGAGAGAACCUGGUUCCAUGGAGCAGAGGGGAACGUCUCAGCAAAGCUGGUUCUUAUCUCAGGAAAUAGCCACAGGAAGAGGGUGGCUCAGCAAGUGAGGGCUCCCUGCUGGAUAAAAUGGAGCCCCUGCCCCCCAGGCAGUGCUAAUAGCAGAGGGGAGUGGGGCUG